AUGUCGCUUCCGUCCACAUACCGCCGCUCUGAGUCGAGCAUGCUCGAGCACCAAACUUGGUGCGAUCGAGGCUUCGAGCCUACCGAGACGUCCCUCGCCAACAUGAUGAAAGCCCGAGGCCUUGUCCAAAAGUUCAAGGUUACCCAUCUGCUCUCAUAUCUUGGCCGGCUGAAUCCCAUACCGAUUGGCGUGUCGAAGAACGACGCGGUCUGGCUCUUCGAUAAUGUUGCCUUUCGCGGCCCAAAUGGUACAUGGCAGGCAGAGUUUGUGACGGCUGUUUUCGACGCGCGCGUAUCAACCAAGUUUGUUGAGGCUGUAGGCGACAUCGCCGAAAAAGUGGGUCUCUCCAAGGGCGACAAGCAGGAGAAGACGAUUGAGCAGCGCAUUACUCCUUUCCUCAUGGAGGUUUUGCCUGGGAGACGGGUCGAUAUCAAGUUUGGCGAGUCUACCGAGUUGCGGCUGGGCCCUGGAGGCAGGAACGGAAUCAGCAGUGAGCUAAAGAAGCUCCCCGACUUAGCUGCCGGAACUGUGGUAAAGUCAGUGGCCGAAGUCCCAUCUGGCGCAGGAGGAUUGUUGGAAAUGAAUACUUUCUAUACAGAGCCUGAGGGUUGGGCCGUUAUUUCUGAUGUCGAUGACACUAUCAAGAUCACGCAAACGAGCGAUCCUGUGGGAAUCCUACGGUCCACAUUUGUGGCAGAGCCGACACCAAUUGCAGGCAUGCCAGAGCUAUACUGGCAAAUUAAGGACAUAGUGACGCCGUCUGCACCGUGGUUCUACCUGUCGGCAUCACCAUACAACCUCUACCCUUUCCUCCGGGAUUUCACUCACCGUUACUACCCCCGGGGCCAGUUGAUCUUGCGAGAUGCCAGUUGGAUGACCAUUCCAGGGUUGCUCUCCAAUCUCACGCUUGGAACCCAAAAGUACAAGGUCGAUCGCAUGAAGAAGCUGUACGAGUGGCUGCCAAAGAAGAAAAUGAUCUGUGUAGGCGAUUCAACGCAAAGCGACCCCGAAGCAUAUGGCGAGAUGUAUAGGAAGCAUCCAGAGUGGAUCAAACUGAUUAUCAUCCGGAAAGUUACCGAUAUUGCGGCCAUCGGUACGGAAACGAAGAAUGCUCCCAAGCGGUUCGAGGAAGCGUUUAAGGGUGUCCCAAGAGAGGUGUGGCAUGUGUUUGAGGAUCCUGCCGAGUGCCGUGAGCAGAUCCAGAGACGUGUUUCGUUUACCACUACUACGAUUGCUACUGCCCUGUCAACCGCAGCUGAAAGGUUCAAGAUGUCGUCCGAAGGUGCAGCAGCAAAGCGACAGAGGUCCAACAAGGAUGUGCCCUACAACCUCAUCUACUGGCCAGACAUCCCCGGCCGCGGUGAGUUCAUCCGGCUUGCCCUCGAGGAGGCCGGUGCUGAGUACGUCGACACGGCCAAGGUCGAGGGAGGCAUCGACGAGGUCAUGGCUCAUAUAAAGGGCGAGAAACCCGACGACAAUACCAACCCUCCCAUCUUUGCGCCGCCCAUUCUCAAGCACGGUGACCUUGUCAUCAGCCAGACGCCCAAUAUUCUGCUGUAUCUAGGCCCGCGAUUGGGUCUCGUACCCAGUGCCGCGGACGAUCCGGAUGCUCUGUACAAGGUUAACGAGCUGGCACUUACGGCGCUGGAUGGAUUGAGCAACGAGCCGCACGACUGCCAUCACCCUAUUGCGUCUGAGCUGUAUUACGAGGACCAACAGGAAGAGGCCAAACGGAAGGCCGAGCAUUACGUCAAGACGCGGUUACCCAAGUUUCUCGGUUACUUCGAAAGGGUCCUGAACUCCAAGGCCAGCGGUGAGGGCCCUUACCUCUACGCAGGCAAGCUGUCAUAUGCGGAUUUGGUCCUCUUCCAGUGUCUGGAUGGCCUCAAGUUCAUGUUCCCCAAGGCCAUGGCGAAGUUGGACAAGGAGGGUAAACACUCGAAGCUGUUUGAGCUGUACGAUGCUGUCAGGCAAAGACCCAAGAUCAAGGAAUAUCUGGAGGGUCCUCGUCGGCAGAAGUAUAGCAGUGGCCUCUAUCGGUACUAUGAGGAGUUUGACAUUGAAGGCUGA